AUGUCGGAACGAACGCGAUCAACGCCAUUGAUGAGGAUGCUACUCUCAGGAGAGGUCAGCGGAGAGGAGCCUAGAGAUUUGUCUCCUAAAGAGAGGUUCAAUAGAUGGAUGGUCAACGAAGGAUCCCGACGACUAUUCGUCGGCGUUUUUAUCCUCGUGCACUGCAUGUUGUACGGCUUUGGCUUUAUGAACUAUCAGCUGAAGGACAACCUGACCAAAGCCCGUGCCACCUAUGGCUACGGCUAUCCCAUUGCUCGAUCUGCAGCCCUCGUCCUACACUUUGAUGUCGCCUGCAUUCUUCUCCCGGUUUGCCGAACCCUCAUAUCGCUCGUUCGCCAAACACCCCUGAACGGAAUCAUUCCUUUCGACAAAAACAUUACGUUUCACAAACUCGUGGGCUAUUCCAUUGUGUUCUUCACGUGGGUUCACACUAUUGCUCAUCUACACAACGUCGCACAACUCUCCGCGAAGAACAACGGAGGCUUUAUCGGCUUCGUCAAGCUGAACUUCCUUACAGGCCCCGGCUGGACCGGCUAUAUUCUGACCAUCUCGGUCAUGGCUAUGUUUUUCACCGCGCUCGAAAAGCCUCGGCGGGCCAACUACGAGCGCUUCUGGAAUACGCAUCAUCUAUUUGUCAUCUUCUUUAUCUUCUGGUCUAUCCACGGAGCUUUCUGUAUGAUCCCUGCGGAUAAUAAGCCGUUCUGUUUCGGCAACGGCUCCUUCUACUUGUACUGGAUGGUGGGUGGCUUCACUUAUCUCGUGGAGCGCAUCCUACGUGAGAUCCGUGGUUAUCAGAAGACGUAUAUAACCAAGGUGAUUGAGCAUCCUGCCAACGUGGUUGAGAUUCGGAUCAAGAAGGAACACACUAAAACACGAGCCGGGCAGUAUAUCUUCCUUUGCUGUCCGGAGAUUUCACUCUGGCAAUAUCACCCAUUUACCCUGACGUCCGCGCCUGGGGAGGACUAUCUCUCAGUUCAUAUCCGUAUGGUUGGCAACUUCACCAAAGCCCUCGGAAGAGUCCUCGGAUGCGAAGGCCUCAAGACCACCAACGACGAUAAGAAAGCCCAACAGUACCCUGAAACUGUGUCCGCAGUGGACGGAAAGAGUGGUAUGAAGCCGCUCACCAAACUUCUCCCGCGGCUGUACAUCGAUGGACCCUUCGGUUCGGCCUCGGAAGACGUCUUCAAGUUUGAGACCGUGCUGCUGAUCGGCGCGGGCAUCGGCGUGACACCCUUCGCCUCGAUCCUCAAAUCGAUUUGGUACCGCAUGAGGGACAACGCCGGAUCUUCUACCCCAAGGACGCGGUUGCGCAAGGUCUAUUUCUUCUGGAUAUGCCGAGAUUUUGGAUCGCUCGAGUGGUUCAAAUCUCUGUUGACUGCCAUCGAGAGCGAGGAUAAGAGCCACGCGAUCGAAAUUCAUGCGUACUUAACCGCCAAAAUCACACCCUCCCAAGCAUCCAACAUCGUCCUGAACUCCGGGGAUACGGACGCCAUUACGGGCCUCCGCACACCUACCAAUUACGGCCGUCCGAAUUGGGACAUGGUCUUUCGCGCCAUCCGCAAAAUCCACUGGUCAGCCGGCGAGAGUGAGUGUGGUGUGUUUUUUUGUGGGCCCAAACCGUUAGGAGCAGACUUGCACGUCAAGUGUAACAUGUAUACUGAGGCUGGGGAUCAGGGGUAUAGUUUUGUUUGGGGGAAGGAGAAUUUUUGA